GACUUCGUGAGUGGACGUGCCAGGGCCCACUGGAGCGAAGGGCACUUCUUCACCCCGUGUGGUAUGACACGGCAUAGAUGGCAGCGAAGCAAUAAUCCCGUUCUCACGUAUCAGAAAAUUUCCCCUCCAGUUGCUCUGGUGUAGCCCCCAUGCGCGCUUUCUUGAAUCGCGCUUUUAAUUGCAGGACUUGGCCAAGAUUGCUGUCAUAUGGGCUCCUUGAAACAUGCGCCAGUGCCGUUAGCCCCGUGAGUGUGAGCACCGUGCUGUCUUAUAUGCCUAGCGUGUUAUCCUCCACAACCAUAUAUACCGGAAUCAUUAUUCUUCUGCCGUGACGCUGUCGGCACUUCUUUUUCUUAUUAAACCCACCAUUCUAAGGGGGUGUUCAAUUAAUUCAUCGAAUACCCUCGUCAUGUUGUCUUCUGCUGCAAAUCCUUCCCCUUUCCCGACGUCCUCCAAUUCCCGAUACAUGCUGUCUGAAGGCUCUUCUGAAUUAUGGAAGCAAAAAUCCCCCAUCAGUCGAGCUCAACAGACCACAAUGAACACACUGAAGAGACGGAGACGAAGACCUGCUUCUGAGGACUCCUCGCUGCAGAAUCAGACCUUUUACUUUGUCGAUCGAAAUUCCUCUUCCAGCGAGAAGCGGUCUCAUGUCAUGCGCCAUCAUAUCCAGGAGAAACGCAGGCAACGGAAAUUGUCGAACCGCAGCGGCGACUGGCGGCAAGAAAAUCAGAUCGUGCAAUAUCUUCCCUUGCAACAUGCCCCAACAUCUGUAGAAGGCGACAGAGCGGAAAUAUCUCGAGAAAAUAACAGCGGGGCUACUUCCAACUCUGACUCUUCGACAAGCUAUCUUCUCUCAAAACCGACUUCCUAUUGCAUAUCCUCUCUACAACCCACCCCGAUGAUAACGAGUCUUGAUUUUUCCAGAAUAGACCCUGCUGACAGUCUUCCUAUGACGCUCAGUCACGAGGAUCUCGACCUGGUGGACCAUUGGAAGAACCGACUGACGUACUGGUCCGGGCAGAAUAGGCAUGUGAAGGAUCGAAUCUUUCGGACAGCCAUGCAACAUCGAGUUUCUUUUCAGACAGUGAUCCUUACAUUCUGUGCCCGUUGGAAGAUGCAACUGUAUGAUCUUAAGGAUUCCAAAGAGGCUGAAUAUCAUCUAAACCAGAGUACGAAGGCUGUUCAAGAAGUGGAGCAAUCCACCCAAGCGGACGAGGAUGCGGUGGCUAUGGCCCUGGGCGGCUUAGCAAUCCAGGAAGAGCGGUUCGGCAGUAAGAGCCGAGCAGAGGAGUACAUGUCCAGGGCGCUUCGUAUAAUCCGGCCCCGUACAGGGUCCAACCGCCCAGUCGAAGUGUUCUUGCUUUACGUGCGGUUCAUCAUGUCACCGCUAGAUCCCGUGAUCGACGAGGAAGGACAGCGAUGGUUGGUAACCUUCCUGCGAGGAGCGGAAGAGUUGAUGAUGGAACAUCGCACAGAGAGCUACCUAUCUGCCGUACGGCAACGGCGUGAAGCCUUCCGAAUGGAGAGUCCAUUGUUCCCUCUGCUGUCCAGCGGACCGCGGCCGUCGCGGGUCCCGCAGGAUGCCCGCAAAUAUGUGGUCGAGAACCCACCGACCCAGGAGGCCUGCCGGUCAGCGUCUCUCAUUUACAUCACAGCGGCUCUAUGGGACUUUAAAGACUCGCCCACUAGGACCCGUCGAUUCCUGGAGCAUCUAUCUUCGCUGGCGAAGGAGCACAGCCUUGAUCGGGAUCUGGCAUGCGAGACGUUUCUCUGGCUGCUGUUGGAAGAAGGAUAUGACGCCGACCUGAGGGACUCAGAGCGGGGUUGGUCCACCGGGGCGCUACUGCAGAAGCACAAGCAGCUCCGGCCGGACCUACAGUUCCAUUUCAACGAACUCCUAAUGAGCUUCCUCAUGCUGGAUGCUCCGAUACGGGGGAUUGCUGUUUUCGAGCAGGAAUUGGAUAUGAUAACAGCUCGCACCUUCGUCUAAUUGGUGAUUCUUACUAGUAAUUAAUCUCAUGAAUCCCAAGUCCACUGCCGGAGGACCUGUUCCGAAGAAGGAAAAUGGUCGACCGUGACAGACGGCGGGGAAGAAUAAUAAUCGAAGCGUGACUUGACGCUGCCCCGGUGGCUUUCUUUUUUUGUCUUCCUUUUUUUUGCUUUUCCCCCUUCGCCACGUUCUGUUCUGGUAACCAUGGGACGGACGACAUAGUCCAUAGAUAGUUUAUUAAUCAAUCUUAACUCUGGAGAUUAUCGCCGAGCCAGAGCUUGCAGCGUAGAUAGCACGAACACCUCUGCUUACGCCGAAGACCCUUGGUUCCACAGUUUGGAGAUGGCACACGUACGCAUGUCCGUCACCGACCCUGAUUACAGAAAGCUGAACCAGAUCUGAGGAUGCAGAUCGCAAUACAGAGUAAUAAAAUGAUUAGAUAUCAGAGUUCGCAGACAACCUAUUUAAUUACAAGCGAGAUGAAUCCCAUAGGCCACGGAUUCUGUGAGGAAUGAUAAUGUUCAGAGAGAACCUGUUGGAGGUGGUUGUAGUUUUGGAUGUAUCCCAAAAUCGGUUCAGUUAGCAGAGCAGAGUGAUGUAGAAAGGGGCAGACUGCCAGUAUCUCCUGUC